UUCUCUGACGUGUGUAUCAGUCGUCUGACGGCACAUGCUCCCUUAUAAGCCUCAGUAAGUCACCCGGGAGUCCUCCACCAACGAUUCAUUUAACUGUUCCGAGGCUCUUAAUAGUUCUGCUCGCUGUUUUCUGCAUCAGGUGCCCCAUCACAUGACUCUUGAAAUACUUGAGCAGGUCUCCAUGCCCUCCCGUUCCUAGCGGAAGACCGGUGCGACAAUGACCAUCCAUGUAGAGGGGCUUGUGGCUAUCGCGAUCUUCUAUCUACUGAUCCUGUUCGUGGGCAUCUGGGCGGCAUGGAAGAACAAACACUCCGGGGAGGCGGAGGGCACCGACCGCAGCGAAACCAUCAUGGUCGGAGGGAGAGACAUUGGAUUAUUUGUCGGUGGAUUUACCAUGACAGCGACAUGGGUUGGAGGAGGAUAUAUAAAUGGCACAGCUGAGUAUGUGUAUCUGCCUGAUUAUGGCUUGGCUUGGGCUCAAGCUCCCUUUGGAUAUGCCCUCAGUCUUGUUGUGGGGGGUCUUUUUUUUGCUAAACCCAUGCGCUCACGAGGUUACGUCACCAUGUUGGACCCGUUCCAGCAGAUAUAUGGGAAACGCAUGGGUGGCCUCCUCUUCAUACCUGCACUCAUGGGAGAGAUCUUCUGGUCCGCGGCCAUCUUAUCCGCCCUUGGUGCUACUCUGAGUGUCAUCGUGGACAUCAACAUUAAGAUGUCAGUGGUUAUCUCAGCGCUCAUUGCAAUCUUUUACACCCUGGUUGGAGGACUUUACUCUGUGGCCUACACUGAUGUCGUGCAGCUCUUCUGUAUCUUUAUUGGCCUGUGGAUCAGUGUCCCGUUUGCUUUGACCAACCCUGCGGUGUCGGACAUUACCGUUACUGCAGUGAAGCAGGUGUACCAGUCGCCCUGGAGAGGCAGCAUACAGAAGGGCGACACCUGGGUCUGGAUCGACAACUUCUGCCUCCUGAUGCUUGGAGGAAUACCCUGGCAAGUGUAUUUCCAGAGAGUACUGUCUGCCUCCUCGGCCAACUACGCCCAGGUCCUCUCCUUCCUGGCUGCUUUCGGGUGCCUCGUCAUGGCUGUGCCCUCCGUUCUCAUCGGGGCCAUCGGGGCCUCCACAGACUGGAACCAGACAAGUUAUGGUGCUAUUCCUCCUAAAGAGAAGGACCAAGCGGACAUGAUACUCCCCAUCGUGCUCCAACACCUUUGCCCGCCGUUCGUCUCUUUCUUCGGCCUGGGUGCAGUGUCUGCAGCUGUCAUGUCGUCUGCAGACUCCUCCAUCCUGUCAGCCAGCUCCAUGUUUGCGAGGAACAUCUACCAGCUCGCCUUUAGACAGUCGGCGUCUGACCGUGAGAUCGUGUGGGUGAUGCGUAUUACCAUCUUUGUAUUCGGCGGCCUUGCCACGUUGAUGGCGCUGGUGACUGGGACAGUUUACGGCCUCUGGUACCUGAGCUCAGACCUGGUUUACGUCAUCAUCUUCCCCCAGCUGAUCAGCGUGCUCUUUGUCAAAGGCACCAACACGUACGGCUCCGUGGCCGCCUACCUCUUCGGCAUGGUGCUGCGUAUAGGCGGAGGAGAACCCUACCUGCAGCUGCCUCCGUUCAUUUAUUACCCUGGCUGGACCACCGAGCAGAGGAUACACCACAUAACUGGGGAAAUGGAGGAAGUUGUCAUCCAGAAGUUCCCCUUCAAGACCAUGUCCAUGCUCGCCUCCUUCCUGGGUAACGUCGCUUUCUCCUACCUGGCAAAGUACCUGUUUGAGAGCGGCAGGAUUUCACACAAAUACGACUUCCUCGACGCAGUGGUGUCCAAGCACAGCGGAGAGAUUAUGGAUAGGACGACGCUCGUGACUCGUGGCAACAACAUCGGGCUGUCGGAGAUGACGCCCGUCAAACCGCGGCUGAGCGUGACCUUGGCGGCCGCCUUCACACGCCGUGACACGCUGCCGAAGGAAACAGUGGAGGAGGAGGAGGAGUCCAGCUCUGAAUCCUCCCACCAUGAUGAAGAAUGACAAACUCAGGAUGUGUUUAAAAAAACACGCUGAACAUGCGAGGGAACUGUCAGAGAACUGGUUACUCUGUCAAAUUCUCCAAGAAGAAGUACGAGACAAGAAGCAAACGUCCUCCGAUGGGACUACAAAAGAACCACAUCCAGCAUGUGGUGAUUGGAUAACGGCCACAUGACAGGAUAUAUAGUGUAGCAGCUUGCUGAUUGUCUGGACAUGACGUUCUCUUUUCUGUGAAGUACAUCAACCAUUCACUCAUAUAGCUCUUAUAUAUAGUUGGGUGUAAUGCAUACUCAUCCUCUUCUGAACUGCUUUGGAGAUAUAGUUA